AUGAACACCUCCACCUCCACCUCCACCCCCUCCCUAACCCCCCACGACCUCUCCAUCCUCUCCAAAAUCGCCGACCCAGAAUCCACCCCCUCUCCGCUCCUCCUCUCCCCCUCCCUCCCAAAAGACCCCCACAUCACCACACCAACCCUCUACCAAUCCCUCACAACCCUCGAAACCACCAUCAUCCACCCCCUCCGAGCCACCGAACUCCAACUCGCAGGUUUCCACCCCACACUCACAGGUUCCCCAUCCGCAACCCAGCAAUACCAGACCGCCAUCUCUGCCCUCACCUCGCUAAUCAACGAGCACCCAACAUACGCAAGUGCACGGAACAACCGGGCUCAGGCGUUGCGACGAGUGUAUGGUGAUGGGGUAUUAGUCCAGCAGGCUGAAGGACAGGAAGAUGGUGGAAUAGAGGUAGAGGCAGAACGACUUUGCAAGGCAACAGAUACCCAAGAACUAUCCUCGGUAUCCAAAACCCUCCUCCUAGACCUAAAAACAGCAAUUCACCUCCUCACCCCACCACCCUACUCCCCCAUCUCGCCCACAGCCGCGAAGACCUUAUCACUAGCCUACACCCAACGAGGCGCCAUAUACUUACGCACCGCGAAACUGCUUUCUAUCCCAGGCUCCAAACUGAUCUUCUCCUCACAAGGACAAGAGGGAGGAGAAGGAGUAGAAGAAGCGAAGUGGGAGACGAUAGAUUUCGAAGAAGCAGCGGCGCGGGACUUCAUGUGGGGCGGACGGUACGGGAAUGAAGUCUCGAAAGCGCUGGCUGUGGCGACGAAUCCGACGGCCAAGUUGUGUGGGAGUAUUGUUAGGGAGGCGAUGGUGAGGGAGUUUGGUGGACAGGGGGUAUGA